AUGGCUCCCACCGUAAUUCACGUGAAAACACUGAAAGAUUAUGAACAAAAUGUAGUUCCAUAUUAUCUGAAAGACGUCGUAUCUGAUGUGGUGAAACGAAAAAUCUUUAAACCCGAAGAUGUAGGUCGACUUGGCAGAUCGGCGGCGCAAGUAGGGAUGGGAAAAAUCAAAGUAAAAACACCAAUGUCACAGUACAUCGUUGAUUUUUUCAACAAGUCAACCAUACACGGACUGAAUCACAUUGUUGCACCACGGAGACAUUUUAUUGAGAGGAUUUUGACAGUAAUUUUUGUUGGAACGGCUCUUGGAUGUUUGGUUGCAUCAUCGCUGCAGUACUCGUGGUUUCAAUACCAGAAUAAUCCAACAACCAUAGUACUUGAUAUUGAUUACAAAAAUUUCAACGUCACGAAGCCAGCCUUGACCAUAUGCAUGGACGACUACAUUUCAACGGAUAAGUUUCCGGACGUCUUCAAGAAAUUUGGAGUUGAAGAUACACAAGAGGCAAGAAAUUUCUUUCAAUUCAUAUCGAGACCAGUUUACUCAACUCUAAAUGAAACGCCAAUAUACAACGGCACUUCGCCUAACAACUGGUUGCAAAUACUCCAGGACUUGCAUAUCGACUAUGAACCAAAUCAAUGCGGUUUGCAGGAGUGCACCGGGACUUACAAAACUCUGGUUGUCACGGAGAAAGGCAUAUGUGCAACUCUAUAUGGUGCAUACAGCAAUUACUCAUCAGUAGAUUACUGGGUGUCAAAUAACUGGACCAUCUUCCCACAGAGAUCCUUACCGACAUACAAGUACGCUCGUCGAAACGACAGGAUAAAUAUCCAGGCAAUUCCUUUGCCAUACGAAGCAAGUUCUCACUGUUCGUUUCAAAGACUUGAUUUUAUAACGACGCUGGCGUUACACUAUCCGAACGAUUUACCUCAACUAAACAGUUGGUGGUACAAUUUUAAAGAAGUGGCUGUCGUAGACAUAAGAGUUGCCGUUCAACAAACAGAGAGCUCUGAUGAGCUCAGACAAUUGUCUAAGAGUCAACGAGAAUGCAAUUUUCCUGAAGACGGAGAGUUGAAGAUGUGGCCUGUCUACACAUAUAACAUGUGUAUCUUAGAAUGUAGAUAUAAUUUUAUAAAAGGUCGAUGUGGGUGCUACCCGUAUUUUGCAAGACCGAUGCCUGGUGUUCCAGUAUGUAAUUCCACACAGUUACAUUGUAUUGGGAGUAUUUCUGAUUCGAUAAUUUCAUUGAAGAGCAGCAACCAAAAUUUGUGUACCUGCCCAGAAAACUGUAAUACAGCUAGGUAUAAUAAUAUUCGUACUGGGACUGCCUACAACAUUGACCGAGUCGACGUGAUACCAGUCAGGACGGUGAACAUUGAUAUUGAAUUUCCCUUCAUCAAGAUGCGUCGUGAAGUAUUCUUCGGAUUUACUGAAUUCUUAGUUUCAGUUGGUGGAGCUGCAGGUUUAUUCCUUGGUGCAAGUAUAAUAUCAUUCAUUGAAAUAUUUUAUCAUCUUACGUUGAAACUCUUUUGGUAUAGAUUUCAUAUCUCUAGAAACGGAAGACAGUAA